ACAUUCAAAAAAGGAAGAGAAGGACAGAGUGACAGAAAAGAGCAGGGGCAUGAGAAUAUUAGAUAGGGUGUUGGGAAGCCAUUAAGUUUCAUGCUUCAGUUGUAUGAAUGAGAAAAAAAAUCCCCAAGAGGUAAAGUGACUUUUCAAUGCCACACAAGACUUGUUCCGUAGCAAUUGAGUGAGGGGAAGGUGAAAAGGAUGGAAGCUCAAGAGGAGAGUCAGAACUGGAGGGGCAAUGAGUCUGAGUAGGCAGUCCAGAGAACUGAAGGGAAAUGAAAUUCUGAGUCAGUGGCCCAGAGAACUAAAGGGGAAGUGAGAGUUGAAUAGGUAAUUCAGGGUUUAGGGAAAGAGCAGGUUUUUUUCUUUUUGAAGACAAUGAUUAACGGAAAUGUUUUUCUGAUAGAAGUAGAAGCAAGUCAUAAUAGAAAUAUUGUGAGGUAGGUUUGUUUAGAACAGAAAUCAAAGACCAACUUUUCUGAGAGAAAGAAAGAACAUCUGCAAAUGAAAUGCUGUUCCUGCAGCUUCUAUUGCUAGCAGUUCUCCUCCCAGGUGGCAACAAUAAAGAUGUGGUCCAAGAAGACAUCUUGUUCCGUGUCAUCCAGAUCUCAUCCUUUGCCAACCACUCCUGGGCACAAAAUCAGGGCUCGGGUUGGCUGGAUGAGUUGCAGACUCAUGGCUGGGACAGUGAAUCAGGCACAAUAAUUUUCCUGCACACCUGGUCCAAGGGUAACUUCAGCAGUAAGGAGUUGGUAGAGCUGGAGCUGCUGUUCCGUGUCUACUUCAGUGGAUUAACUCAGAGGAUUCAAGACUGUGGCUGUCAAUUGCAGUUUGAAUAUCCCUUUGAAUUACAGGUGACAGCCGGUUGUGAGCUGCAUUCUGGAAAGACCACAAAAAGCUUCCUCCAGGUCGCUUAUCAAGGAACAGAUUUCCUGAGUUUUCAAAACAUGUCAUGGGUACCAUCUCCAGAGGGUGAGAGUAGGGCCCAGAGGGUCUGUGAUGUAAUCAAUCAGUAUGAAGUCAUCAAGGAAACAGUGUUUAAGCUCAUCAGAAACGUCUGCCCCCGAUUUGUCUUGGGUCUGCUCGAUGCAGGGAAGAUGGAUCUCCAGAGGCAAGUGAGGCCAGAGGCCUGGCUGUCUAGUAGCCCCUUCCAUGGGUCUAGCCAGCUGUUGCUGGUUUGUCAUGUCUCCGGAUUCUACCCAAAGCCUAUUUGGGUGAUGUGGAUGCGGGGUGAACAGGAGCAUCCGGGCAGUCAGCAAGGUGACGUGAUGCCCAAUGUUGAUGGGACAUGGUAUCUUCGGGUGAUCCUGAAUGUAGAUGCUCAGGAGGCAGCUGGCCUGUCUUGCCAUGUGAGGCACAGCAGUCUAGGAGACCAAGACAUCAUUCUCUACUGGGGACAUCAGCUUUCCAUGAACUUGAUCCCCUUGGCUGUGAUAGUGCCCCUAAUACUUCUAGUGGUCCUUGCAUUAUGGUUGAAGAAGUGCUGCUCAUACCAAAACAUCCAACGAGAUUCCUCACCAUGCUUCCCCCACUGCAAUGAGAACUGUACAGCCCAGGAACAUAGGACAACAGAAUAAAGUCAUCCUUUCUACUCUUCCUUUAAAUUUUUGUUUCUCUGUCUGAUUUAUAACCACAUUAAUAUAAACUAACUUAAAUUCUGGAAGUCAGUAUGGAAUGCCUUCCCCGUAAUGUCCAUUUGCCCAAUAGUACUCAACCUUCAAAGCAUAUUUCUGAUGUCACAUCCUCUAAAAAUUUUCCCUGAUCCGUAAGUGGGAAGCAGUUUCUCCCUUAUCUGAGCCCAGAUAGCACUUCAAAUGUACUCUGCUACAUAUACAAAUCAUUUCUUACCCUGCAUUGCAGUUACUUAGUUCUUUCUUCCCCUUCCAAUACAUAAGCUCCUUUGUGACAAUGAUCAUGACAAAGGUGCCUUUCCUGAGUGUGUAAUAUGUGCUCAGUGAUAAAUCAAACCAAAACAAACAAACCAUAUCCAAGUUGGAUUAACUAUCAUGUUGAUAGUCUUUUAUCAUUAUACUAAUUCCUGAUAUUGUUGUAGCAUUUGAAACAUUGAUGUUUCCCUUUUGCUUCAAUGUUUUUUACUUAGUCAGGAAAGUCCACAGUCCUUUAGCUCCCUCAUUUUCUCCCUAAACUCUUAAAGAAAAAUGCAGCUUUGCCACUUGCCAUACUUAUUUUCUAAAUACAGAAAGGCAACUCUUUCCAACUUAUUCUAAAUACAAAGAGAGAAAGUGUAUGCAGGCUGUGUUAAGGGUAGUGGGGCAGAUGUGUCAAUGAAUGGUCAAGAAAAAGGAGCAAGAGAGCUCAGGAUUAGGGUGGGAUCAAGAUAGGCGAUAUAUAUAGAAGAUUCUCCCAAGGAGUGGUGCUAUCCAAUACCCUUCACUAGAUUUUGAUUCCUUUAGGUUCCACUUGCUAAUUGUAGUGAUACGUGUUAAACACUGAAUACGAGACAGGUACAUACAACUUAUAAACUAGUGGGGGAGAAAACAACCCAGAUUGUACCCACCUGCUUAAAUUUCUAUGUUUACCACUUCAAUUUAUUUAUGUAUUAUUCACUGGUUACAUUUUUUGUUUCUUUUUAAAAAUUUUGAAUCAACUUUAUGGAUGUAUAAUUUACAUACAGUAAAACACAUUUUUUUAAGUGUACAGUUCUAUCCACUUUGACAAAUGUAUACACCCAUGUAAGAAGGACCACAAUCAAGAAAUAGAACAUUUCUAUUAUCCCAAUACCCUUAUACCCAUUUGUAGUUAAACCCACUGCAUCUUUGUACUUACUGAUAUACUUUAUGCUAGGUAAGCUUAGAGUUGUCUUUUCCAUGAUUUUAUUAAAAUGGAAUAAAGUGCAUGUACUCUUUGUAUCUGGUGUGUUUGUUUUCACCUAUCGUGUAGUUAUGUCUUCCACGUUACUUAUUAGUGUACUAGUAGUCUAUUGUUCAAUAGAAUUUCAUCUAUGAAUCUACUAUAUAUAUGUAUAUAUAUAUUUUUUUGUCCAUCUACUUUUUGGUGGACAUUUGGUUUGUUUCCAGUUAGAGGUUCUUCAAAUA